AUGAGUAAGACACCUGAUGGCAGAUUAAGUCGUCCAUAUAUUGAAGGGGUCAAUGCAUUUAUUAAUUUUGCAAAGGCGGUUGUGGACUUGAGUGGUAAUAUUCCGUGUCCGUGUAUUCACUGUGUGAAUUGCUAUCGACAAUCUCUUCAUACUGUGCGUAUCCACUUGCUUCAUCGUGGGAUUAUGCAAUCUUACAUUAAUUGGCAUAAUCAUGGAGAAUCUCGUGUAUUGAACGAGAACAUUCAUGAUAAUGAAAUGUCGGAUGGUGAUCAUAUGGAUGGUAUCGAUGCCUUGGUAGGUGAUCGAAUUAGAGGGGAACCGAGGAAUGUAAUCGAAGAUGAGGAGGUGCAUCAUUUUGACAAACUUGAGGAAGAUGCAAAGCGUGAGUUGUAUCCGGGUUGCACUGAUUAUAGUAUCUUGAAGUUUGUUAUUGAGAUGUUGAAUGUAAAGGUUUUACCGAAAGGUAACUUGGUACCAAGGUCAACUUAUGAAGCAAAGAAGAUAUUACGUGACUUGGGCUUGUCAUACGAGCAUAUAGAUGCAUGUAAAAAUGAUUGUGCACUAUUUUGGAAGGAAAAUGAAAACAUUGAUAAAUGUCCGGUGUGUGAGGCGCCUAGGUACAAGGAUACAUGUGCCCAAGGUAAGAAGAUUUCUCAUAAGGUAUUGCGUUACUUCCCGUUGACACCGAGACUGAGGAGAUUGUACAUGUCAAGCCAAAGAGCUAAGGACAUGAGAUGGUAUAUAGACAAACGUGUGGAUGAUGGGAUAAUGAGGCAUCCAGCUGAUAGUGAGGAGCGGAAGGAGUUUGAUUUGCAAUAUCCUGAUUUUGCCCUCGAACCUCGCAAUGUAAGGUUGGGGUUGGCUACAGAUGGAUUUAACCCUUUUGGGAAUAUAAACAACAACUAUAGUAUAUGGCCUGUCAUACUUAUCCCCUAUAACCUACCGCCUUGGCUGGUUAUGAAAGAGCCAUAUUUUAUGUUGUCUUUACUUAUUCCUGGUCCUCAUCAACCGGGAAAUGAAAUUGAUAUUUACUUGAAACCAUUGGUUGAUGAGUUGAAGGAGUUGUGGGAAGAAGGUGUAGAAACUUAUGAUGCUUAUAGUAAAGAGCAUUUCUAG